AUGUCGACCGCCAUUAUCCCUGGCCCCGCCUCCGAUGGUCCUACCCCGCUUGGCCGCUAUCGCCUUCUCUCUCCCCUCGCCAGUAUCCGCGUAUCGCCCCUCGCGCUCGGUGGGAUGUCUAUUGGCGACAAAUGGGGAAACUCGACAAAGGAGGCGAGUUUCAAAGUUAUGGAUGCCUACUAUGAGGCUGGAGGGAACUUUAUCGAUACGUCUAAUGCAUACCAGGAUGAGAGCUCGGAAGAGUUGAUUGGGGAGUGGAUGGAGCAACGUGCGAACCGCGACCAAAUGGUCAUCGCUACCAAGUAUACUUCCCCUUGGAAAAGAUACGACUCUUCCAUCGCUCAGAAGGUCCACUACACCGGAAAUGGCACGAAAUCCCUGCACAUCUCCGUCGAGGCCUCACUCCGGAAGCUGAGGACAGACUAUAUCGACAUCCUGUAUGUGCAUUGGUAUGACUGGGACACAGGCGUGCAGGAGUUGAUGGGGAGUCUGCAUCAUUUGGUCGCUGCUGGGAAGGUCCUUCAUUUGGACUCGCCAGCGUGGUUCGUUGCCAAAGCGAACCAGUACGCGGCCGACCACGGCAAAACCCCCUUCUGCAUCUACGAAGGUCAAUGGAACCUCAUGUCUCGUUCGUUCGAGCGUGAUAUCAUCCCUAUGGCUCGUGCUGAAGGACUCGCCCUCGCACCCUUCGACGUCCUCGCUGGAGGAAAAUUGCGCACAGAAGCAGAGGCUCAAGCUCGGAUCGCUGCGGGAGAUAAUGGCCGAGUCGCCUUCCCCAAUGAGAAACUCGAGGCUUCGGAGGAAGCGAAAAAGGUCAGCGCUGCGCUGGAGAAGGUCGCGGCUGAGGUUAGUGCAAAGAGUGUACAGGCCGUGGCCAUCGCCUACCAUCUGCAGAAAACUCCUUACGUCUUCCCAGUCAUCGGAAUUCGCAGGAUCGAGAACCUAUACAAGAACAUCGAAGCGCUUCAGAUCAGUCUGUCUGCUGAGCAGAUCGCAUUCCUGGAGAGCGCGCUCCCAUUCGAUGUCGGGUUCCCGAAUUGGAUGAUUGGCGAUGGGACGAAGGAGCAUAAACUCAUCCAGAUAGCGACGCCGAUUCAAGCGUGGCCGAAGGCUGAGCCGAUCAGGCCUCUCUGA